AUGGCGAAAUCUCGAGUUCUCCUCGUUGGUGCCGGAGGCAUUGGGACGGUAGCAGCUCUGAAUCUGGAGCAUGGCGAACUGGCGUCCGUCUCCUGCGUUCUGCGGUCCAAUUUCGAGGUGGUGAAUGAAAAAGGCUUCACGAUAGACUCGUGUGAUCACGGCCAGCUGGAGAAUUGGAAGCCCACCGAAGUCUUGAAACGCAUUCCCACGGCUGACAGCAACAGUCCCUUUGAUUACAUCGUCUGCUGUACCAAAAACAUUGCAGAUGUGUCCCCAGCGCUCGUGGAUAUCAUUUCGCCUGCCGUGACUGACAAACAUACCGUCAUUGUGUUAAUCCAGAACGGGUUAAACAUUGAACGACCGAUUCUUGCCCGGUUUCCGGACAACAUCGUCCUUUCCGGGGUGAGCCGUGCGGACGCGCACGAAAUAAAACCGGGCCACAUCCAACAAAAGCAGCCCGAUAUGCUGAACAUCGGUGUCUUUCCUCAUCCGAAUCGUCCAGUGCAUGAUCUCAAGAGGGCUGCAGAGGAUUUUGUGCGGGUGUACUCUGCAUCAGGAAGGACGAAAUGCAAGCAUGAGCCGAAUGUCGGACUGGACCGCUGGACUAAGCUGGUCUACAACGCCUGUCUGAAUCCAAUCUGCACAUUGACUGGACUGGAUACGGGAAGCUUGCAGUUACAUGAGCAUAGUAUGGUGACAUUGGUCAGGCCGGCGAUGCGCGAGGUGGUCUCGGUAGCAUCAGCAGGAGGAUAUUCGCUCCCAGACGAUAUCAUCGAACGCACCCUUGCCGGAAAUCCAAUCGAACAGCGCAUCGCUCCGAGCAUGUUGGUAGAUCUGCGAAAGGGAAAUCUAAUCGAACACGAGAAUAUCCUUGGGGAGGUAGUGCGCGAGGCGAGGGCUGUCGGCGUCGACACGCCCGUGUUGACCAUGUUGUACAAUCUCUGUUGCUCUGUUCAAUAUCGUCUCAAGCUGGCGCGCGGUAUCACCAGCUGA